AUAGCUUUCAUCACCCCCAUCUUCUUCCUCUCGUAGAUUACUCACAGAUCUCGCUCUCCAACCAUUUCAAAUGGCGGAGAACUGAAAAUAAAACUAGGGUUAGGGUUCCUGCAUCCGAUCUUGAGAGAGAAAAUGGAGAGCGGAAGAGAAAUGAGAUCUGGAACGAUCAGGAAGAGGGGAAAGAGGGAUCUGGCCGCGAUCUUGCGGAAAUCAUGGUAUCAUCUACGGCUAUCCGUGCGGCAUCCGGCUAGAGUUCCGACGUGGGACGCGAUCGUCCUAACAGCGGCGAGCCCGGAGCAGGCGGAGCUCUACGAGUGGCAGCUGAGACGGGCGAAGCGGAUGGGCCGCAUUGCUGGCUCCACCGUCACGUUGGCGGUGCCCGACCCUGAAGGUGCCCGUAUUGGGUCCGGCGCCGCGACGCUUAAUGCCAUCACGGCACUUGCCGAGCAUCUCUACCGGGCCGGCCUUUGUCCCCAGGUACCAAAUGCUGAGAAUGGAAACUCGCUAUCUUUGGCACCACGUGACAGGUCCAACAAUGAAGUACCUCUCAUGUCAAUGCUUAACUUUGUGGCCAAAAAGCAUAUACUAUUGCUUCAUGCUGGAGGUGACUCUAAAAGGGUACCAUGGGCAAAUCCUAUGGGGAAAGUUUUCCUACCAUUGCCAUAUUUGGCAGCAGAUGACCCUGAUGGGCCAGUUCCACUACUUUUUGACCAUAUACUUGCAAUUUCCUCUAGUGCAAGACAAGCUUUUAAGAACGAAGGCGGGAUCUUCAUUAUGACUGGAGAUGUUCUUCCAUGUUUUGAUGCCUCCACUAUGGUUCUUCCAGAUGAUGCAGCUUGCAUUAUCACUGUUCCUAUUACCCUGGAUAUCGCUUCUAACCAUGGGGUGAUUGUUGCUGCCAAAACUGGAAUAUUGGAUAAAGCUUAUGCUCUUAAUUUGGUUGAGAAUCUGCUGCAGAAACCCAGUUUAAAGGAGCUUGUUGAGAACCAGGCAGUUCGACAUGAUGGUAGAGCAUUGCUUGAUACAGGAAUAAUUGCAGUUAGAGGUAGUGCAUGGGCGGAGCUUCUCAUGUUUGCAGGUUCAAGUCAGAGAAAGAUUAUGGAGCUUCUUAAAAGCAAAAAGGAGAUGAGUUUAUAUGAAGAUCUGGUAGCUGCUUGGGUACCUGCAAAACAUGAAUGGUUGAAGUUUCGCCCUCUAGGAAAAGAACUUGUCAAUGCAUUGGGAAAUCAGAAGAUGUUCAGCUAUUGUUCUUAUGAUUUGUCAUUUUUACAUUUUGGCACCUCCAGUGAAGUUCUUGAUCACUUAAGUGGGCCUGAUUUGGGGCUUGUUGGUCGUAGGCAUUUGUGUUCGAUUCCAGCUACAACUGUAUGUGACAUCUCAGCAUCGGCUAUUAUUCUUUCAAGCAAAAUUUCCCCUGGGGUUUCAGUUGGGGAGGACUCUUUAGUGUAUGAUUCAUCACUUUCAGGGGGAAUUCAGAUAGGCUCUCAAUCUAUUGUUGUUGGAGUUAACAUCCAAGGGGAAAGUGAAUAUGAGACAGCAAGUAACUCCAUGCGGUUUGUGCUACCAGAUCGCCAUUGUCUUUGGGAAGUUCCUUUAGUGGGUCAUACAGGAAGAAUCAUUAUCUAUUGUGGGCUCCAUGAUAACCCAAAAAAUCCAUUUUCAAGGGAUGGUACCUUUUGUGGGAAGCCAUGGAAGAAGCUCUUGCAUGAUCUACACAUUCAACAAUGCGAAUUAUGGAAUUCUGCAGGUGCCCAAGACAAAUGUUUAUGGAAUGCAAAGAUAUUUCCUGUUCUUCCCCCUUCUGAGAUGCUUAGUUUAGCUAUGUGGCUAAUGGGCUUGAGCGAGCACAACACAAAACAUAUGCUUUCAUUGUGGAGAAGUUCAAACCGUGUCAGUUUGGAAGAGUUGCAUAGAUCAAUAGAUUUCCCACAACUUUGCUUGGUCUCCAGUAAUCAUCAAGCUGAGCUUGCAGCAGGAAUUGCUAAUGCUUGCAUUAGCUAUGGUUUGUUUGGUCGCAACUUGUCUCGGUUGUGUGAAGAAAUUCUGCAGAAAGAAAGAUCAGGAAUUGAAGUUUGUAAAGAUUUUCUCACACUCUGUCCUAAUAUCCUGACUCUGAAUUCGGGGACUCUUCCCCAGAGCAGGGCAUACCAGGUGCAAGUUGAUCUUCAUAGGGCAUGUGGAGAAGAAACAAUUGCAUGCACAAUGGAGCAGAAAGUAUGGGCCGCAGUAGCUAAUGAAACUGCUUCAGCAGUAAAAUACGGGGUUGGAGACCAAUUGGACUCCUCCAGUGGUUUCACUCCAUCAGCGUGUCGGGAGAAUGAUGUUAAUGGCUGUGUGGAUCAUCCUUUUAAGCCGAGAAGAGCAAGAGUAGAAUUACCGGUUCGUUUAGAUUUUGUUGGGGGUUGGAGCGACACUCCACCUUGGAGCUUGGAGCGUGCAGGCUGUGUACUAAAUAUGGCAAUAAGUUUGGAGGGUUCACUUCCAAUUGGCACCACAAUAGAGACAACGGUAACCCGUGGAAUAUUUAUUUCCGAUGAUGCUGAAAAACAUUUAUACAUUGAAGAUCCUACUUUGAUAACUAUGCCAUUUGAUAAAGACGAUGCCUUUCGACUGGUCAAAUCUGCAUUGAUUGUGACUGCUAUUGUUCACGAUAAGCUCUUAUCAUCCACAGGCUUAAUAAUCAGGACAUGGGCAAAUGUUCCACGCGGUAGUGGUUUAGGUACUUCGAGUAUAUUAGCAGCAGCUGUAGUGAAAGGACUUCUCCAGAUAAUGGACGAAGAUGACAGCAAUGAAAAUGUUGCAAGGCUUGUGUUGGUCUUAGAACAGAUCAUGGGCACAGGAGGAGGCUGGCAAGAUCAGAUCGGAGGCUUGUACCCCGGCAUCAAAUGUACUUCAAGUUUUCCUGGAAAACCAUUACGGCUGCAAGUCAUCCCCCUUGUAGCUUCACCUCAAUUGGUUGCGGAACUGGAACAACGUCUGCUGGUAGUGUUUACUGGGCAAGUCCGGCUUGCAAACCAAGUCCUGCAAAAGGUGGUAAUCCGAUAUCUUCGUCGAGAUAAUCUACUGAUAUCCAGUAUCAAGCGCCUCGCAGAACUGGCAAAGGUCGGGCGGGAAGCUCUGAUGAACGGUGACUUGGAUGAACUGGGAGAGAUAAUGUUGGAGGCUUGGAGGCUUCAUCAAGAACUGGACCCUUACUGCAGCAACGAAUUUGUGGAUAGAUUCUUUGCGUUUGCUGACCGCUUCUGCUGCGGCUACAAGCUGGUGGGUGCAGGGGGUGGGGGGUUCGCUCUGCUACUUGCCAAGGAUGGCAAUUCCGCAAAAGAACUAAGGCAGUUGCUUGAAGAAGCGUCGGAUUUUGAUGUGAAAGUGUUUAGUUGGAGUGUCUAUUUGGAUUAGAAUUUGCAGUUCUUCAGGCGUGUUUGGAAGAGUGUUACUACUAUACAUGCUAUGAUCUUUUAAGCUGCACCUGUGGGUUCAAGUUUCUGUUAGUUUGGGUUGAUCUCAAGCUCAUAUUUGAAUUGCAGAGCUAGGUAAAGAACCUGUACUAAACAAAUGAGCCAGUGUCACCGGAAUGCUUUGGUGGGCCUCUUUUUGGAUGUCCAGGCAUAUCAGAAUUGCUCCCUCCCUCGUUUUGGUGUAAGCUAUCUGUGGUGGUGGCAUCGGCAGCAGCAGCUUGGGAAAUGAAACCGCUUUUGGUGGAUUCUUGUUUUCCCUUAUGUUAUGCCCAAGAUUGCAAAGUGAGAUGAGAAUGGUGAUUUGGGGAUGAAUGCAUCUGAUCUGCCAUAAGCAACCUCCAAAAGCACCAGUACUGAGGGAAAGCAAAAGAAACUGCGUGGAAUGCUCAUAUCAUCAUCCUGCAAACUGUUCAAUAAUAAUCACCUAGUGGUCCACCAUGGGAACCACCAUCAUUCAGCUGUUGCCGACAGCCCUUUGUGUGACUUGAUGGGUAGUAGUUGAUGAUGCCUGGCUGGACCGCCACCUGUCCGUUGGUGGGUGGCGCAGAAGUGUGCUUUUAUGCUGCAUGGUUAGGAUAUAACAUGGUAGGUUAUAUUCAUCAUUGCAAGUCUUUGACGCUCGGGUUUGCAUCAAACGCCCAAUUCAUGAUUUCAACUCUUUUUCUUUUCUUUCUUUUCUUCGUCUUCUUCUUCUUCUUUUUUAAAAUUUAAAUUAUAACCACAUUUGCAUGAUUGCAUCAAACAGUUGUGUAUUUGUACUUGUAUGUUUUGGGGAAAUGUUGCUAUCAAGCAUGCUGCACCUCAGCAAGGAAAGUUUUUAGCACACAGGCCCUAUAUGUUGAUCCUCAACACAUCAAAAGCCUAAAUUAACGAAACAUGGCCCUAUUGGACAGGACUGAAAAACUCUUUGAGUGUCUUUUGCAAGGUCUUGGCUUGAUGAUCUAAAAUUUCCUCCAGAUUAAUGGCAAUCGUGUUACAAUUUCCUCCUGAUUAAUGGCAUGAUGCAUUUAUUUGUGACUUAUUUAAUUCUCAUGGAACAUGUUAUUCAUGUAGAGGUUAAGAGGUAUAACUUUUGUUG